GGAUUGCCAUGGUUGUCCAUGUGUGCACAAUUUCGUUGUUAGUUUUUGUGUAUUUUUUGCUACACUUGGCUACCCUAAACCAAUAUGCAAAGUGUACCUCAUUUAUAAUUGCAAGUAUAGCCAUCUAUCCCCUUAAUAUUUCUCAAAAGGUCUUUUUUUUUUUUUUUUUUAAUGUAGAAGGAAAUUAAUGGUUGAUAGCAUAACUAUUCAUGUUUUUGUUUUUAUGUACAAGCGAUAUUGGUGAAAGAGAAAUUUGAACAUUACAUGGAGUGACUUAAUUGCUGCUAAUCAUUUGAGCUACAAACCUCUUGUAUAAAUUUUAACUAACCAUUAAUAUUUAGAUAAAAUUUUCUCAUAAACGGUAUAUUUUCUUUCAUUUAUUUUUAUUUUAUACUUACAUGAAAUUUCCUUCACUAAUUUUAUCCAAACUCAACCCAACCCAAUCCAACCUAACCCAGCCCAGACCAUAUCCAAACAUUAAAAACGAAAAACAAAAAACAAAAACAAAAACAAAAAAUAGAAAGAAAUAGAAAGGCGCUGAAGUGCAGCAAUUGGAAAAGGAGAGAAAAUGGCGGCAACCAGUGACAAAGAAAUGGAUUCUCUGCUUUCCACUUUCGAUCAAAUCUACCAGAAUUCUCAGGAUUUCAAGAGCGGCGUGGCAGAGAUCCAGUUGGCGAAUUCCACGUGUAAUGCCGAGGCCAAGAAGCGAGAAGCUCUGGAAUUCACCUGCAACAAUCUUAAGCAAGAAAAUGAGCGAUUGACCAGAUUGUACACCGAGUGUUUGAACAAUGUUGCCGAUCAGCUAGAACGCCGUAGCUCAAGCCAGGGCUUGAAAGAAGAGGUGAAGAGGAUGAGGGAGGAGUGCCUCAGUAAAGAAGAAGAGCGUAGGAAGGCCAUGGAAUUGGCUAAGCAAGACUGUGCUGCCAAGGUUGAUGACUUGGAGGCUCAAAUUAGAGGGUUUAUGCUUGAGAAGGCGACAAAUGAAGCAACCAUUGAUCACCUUCAACGGGAUUUAGCAGCUCAUAAAUCCCAUCUGCAUGUUCUAGCAAGCAGGUUGGAUCAUGUGCAGUUAGAUGUGGAAUCAAAAUAUAUUCUGGAGAUUCAGGAUUUAAAGGACUGUCUUGCAAUUGAACAGGAGGAGAAAAAUGAGUCGAGUAAAAAACUCCAGGACUUACAGAAGGAAUGUGAGUGUGAGUGCUGGUUAGCAGAUCAAAGCUCGUUGAGCAGCAACGAGAUUCGAAUUCGAUUUGGCAGGUUGAAACACUUAAGACCAAGAUUAUGAAGCUGAGGAAGGAGAAUGAGAUCUUAAAGCGCAAGUUUCCUCAUUCAGAUGAGGGCUAGAUGUAGAUGGGUGGAAACAAGUUCAUUGUACUGUACUAUAUGUCAAAUGCUAGAUUGAUGGUUUUGUUUGUGGUGUUUUGAGUGGCUCUCUUUGGCCUGCCUCUCUGUUGCACGACUUGGACAAUGAGGUUACGGAAAUUUGAAGUCUUGACUGGCAUAUCAGGGGGUAGAUGGCGAAGUGCAUUAGUUAAUGUCAUUUUUUUAAAUUUUGAAUGGUUGCAAUAAACUGACUGUUUCUCCAAGAAAAUGAACCAACACC